ACACAGGUAAACAGCUUGCCACAGAGCUUGGGACGUAAAAUUCUCGACUUGCUCGCCAGCUCUGUUUAAUGUUUAUCCCCGUUCAAACAGCCGCAAUCCCACCACAAUUUCUUCUGCAGCUCGUUUGGGUCCAGCUCUCAAUUGUUUUCCCCUGCACGUUCUCUUUGGGGGCCUUGCAGAUCAUGCAGACGCCCCUCAGCAGUCUGUACCACGCAGAACCAAUGAGUUUGCUCCAAGUUUUUAUGGAGGGGUAAACAGCAUACGCGCAAACAAGCCCCGGCUUUUUUUGAUUUGCUAACGAAACAAAACGAUUAAAAAAAUAAACAUAAGGAAAAGGCCCGCUUGGCAAGUAUAACCUUUUUCUGUUGAUGCUUGUGGCGCUACCAUCUUGUCUGAGUCAGGUUCAGUCAACCCGGCAGAAGCUCGAGAACUGCUCGGCUUUUUCCUAUUUCUCAAGAAACCAGUUUGACGGAAUGGUACUUCCGGGACACAAUUGCUUCAAAUCAGGGCUUGACCGCCGACCUGUGUCGCCUUUCGGCUAUUGGUUAAAGAUGUCAGCGUCCCAGAGAACGGACUGACCCUCCUGUCUCUCGAGUAUCCACACCCACCAAGCCGGCACCCGUUCUGCAGGGUACCAAACUGUCGGAUACGACGUCCUGGGACGCUUCUUUUGCUUCUCGUUUCCGUCCUCACUCCCUCUGUCAGCUUUCAUCCUUUUUUUCUCCUUCUUAGUUGGAGGGUAGGCUAUGCUUCUCAAAACCCGUCGGGGUUGACUGAGGUUCUAAUACAAAAAGCCUCGACGAACCCGUUGUCCUCGUUACAUAGCCACCUCGGUGCUUUUGCCACAGAUUCCGUUUUUACAUCAAUCAAUCUUCCUGGACCAAAUCCGCAGUGAAACCAUUUCCAGGAAAACAAAACCGUUGAGACUGGCUGCCUUUGUAUUUCGGAUUUCACGCCAGUAUUUUAUUUUUUGUUGGUCAACCCAGCAUUACUUGAUCUUUUGCUGCACUAUCCAUCCACCACCCCACUGGCCUUGUAGAACAACCCGACAGUUCGGUCAUGGGUGAUUUCCCACUCACAAUGAAUUCGGUUAUGCCAUCCAAUGAUAUCAAGUAUGGAGAGGAAAAUCACGCAUCUUUAUCGGACGCCGAUGCCACUGCGGACAGCUUUAGGGAGGUCCAAAAAGAGAAUGGAAGGACUUACCACUCGUUCCGGGCAGGGUCCUACCCAUUUCCCAACGAUGACGCCGAAAAUGAAAGGUUAAAAUUUCAGUAUGAAAUCAUAACCGAGGUGCUCGGUCGCAACUAUUUUGCACCAUUCACAAAAGAUACUCCUCCAACCCGGGUUUUGGAUAUUGGUACAGGACCCGGACAAUGGGCCAUAGAGAUUAGUGACGAGUUUCCAGAGGCAGAGGUGAUUGGCACUGACCUAUCACCAAUACAGCCAAAUGAAGUGCCUGAAAAUUGCUACUUCUACGUCGACGACUCCUCUGAAGAAUGGGAUUUUGGCUUUGAUUUCUCCUACAUACACACGCGCCUCACCUUUGGCUGCUUCUCCGACAUGCGCACGCAGGUCAUCGACCAGGCGCUGCGCAACCUCAAGCCGGGAGGCUGGCUCGAGUGUCAAGAGCUCGAUCCAGUCGUCGCCUGCGACGACGGCACCAUGCCGGCCGACUACUCACCGAAGCAGCUGACGUUGGCCCUCGAGGCGGCCUCGCGGAUAGCCAAGCGGCAGUUCACGUGCGCGCCGCUGAUCCGCGGCUGGCUCGAGGAGGCCGGCUUCGUCGACGUCCAGCAAAAAGUCUUUAAGCUGCCCGUCAACGGCUGGGACGCCUCGAGCCCGCGCGCCAGCGAGCUCGGCAAGAUGUGGUUCGACAACCUGUCGAGCGGCCUGGGGGCAGUCUGCACGGCGCUGCUGCAUAGGCAUGCAAACAAGCAGGUUGAGGAGAUUGAGGUAUCGCUAGUUGAUGUUAGGCGGCAGCUACGAUCCCAGAACAUACAUGCAUAUCAUUCACUUUAUGUGGUUUGGGGCAGAAAGCCUUUCGAGGGCGAGAUGACUUCUUCGUGAUAACGAUUUGUGUGUCGUGAAAAGCAGCCGAAGCACUGACGCUUUGAAAUGAAAACGAAAGCGAUGUGCUUUGAUCGCGGUAGGCGCGGGAUUUGGUUUCAAAACUUGAAUGUGGCUGGUUGUGUUUGGCUUGAAAUGACGGAACACAGGACGCAGGACAGGCGCACAUAUCACUUAUAGCGUAGUCGCCCCGCCCAUCUUGCGACAAAGAUAGGGACAAAAGGAUUUGGAAAAAAGAAGAAAAGAGAAAAAAAAAAACGACUAGAAAGAAUUGUCGGUAUCACUUUGGAUGAUCCUCUCGCUUAUUUUUAUGUUGUCUAAGCCAAUCUGAAGUGCUUACCGCCUUGGCAUCAUUUAUUCGUCUGUCUUGAGCCAACCCGAAGACGCUGAUUUACAAGGAAUUCUUCAUUGUUCGGCGGAAAAAAAGCCAAUGGCACAAAAAAUGUACGUAGUACUACAUAUGUGCAGUGAACACAUUCAGUGCGUUCGGCUACCGGAUGAUCACCCGCAUUUGAUCCCAAAUACCAUCUAAUGUUUUUG